AUGGCUGGAUUAGAUCAUAUGGGGUCAGAUAUUUAUAGGCAGAUUGACUUGUCAGAGGAGGAGAUAAAUGUAUAUACUAACCAUCAACAUAUAGAAGAUUAUGAUUUCAUUUCGCCAACAUUCCAUAAUGCUGCAAUACACAAGAGAAGUUUAGACUGGUCACCAGCCCAUCCCAAAAUCCACGAGGUAAAAUUCAACGCAUUUGGCGAUGCGUUUCAUUUAAAGCUUGAGAAAAACGUCUGGCUUCAACGUCGAGGAUUGACCGUGGAUAGGAUGGGAGAGGAUGGUGUGAUAGAAAGAGAAAGAUUAGUAAAUGGAGACUGUCAUUAUUAUGGAAAAUUACUAUCUCACAGCGCAGAAUCGUCGGCAUCAAUCAGUACUUGCAAGGGCUUGACGGGUGUUAUAAGCCACGGAAAUUCAGAAUUCUAUAUCAAACCGCUUCAAGAUCACCAUGCAACCCGGAUCAAAAGAGACUCGGAUAACCGGCAUGGCAGUUCGCAUAUCAUUUACAGACGAAGAUUCAGAAGAUUGCAAAAGACAACACCACGAGAAGAGGAACAACCGUCUGAACAAUUUUGCGCAUCGGAGGAUCCGGAGUCGUUGAAUUCGGAGAUCGGCAACCAUACAAGUGUACCAUCGACAAUGAUGUCGUCAAUGGAAGACGUUUACGUUGGUCAGAAGUACUUAGAAUUCAUGGUCAUGAUUGAUAAGAGUAUGGUCGAAUUCCAUGGCGAUGACGCUAUCAACUAUACCAUGACAUUAAUGAAUAUAGUAUCAAGAAGAUUCGCAGAGCCAUCAUUAGGAGUUAGCAUGAGAGUAGCUAUCACAAAGUUUAUCAUCCUAGAUACUGACACUCCUAUGGUUCAAUCUAUCACCGGUCAUAACAUCACUCUAAAUGUUCAAGCUAAUGGACCUCAGUUAUUAGAAGAAUUUUGUCGGUGGCAGGCUGGAUUCAAUCCUAUCAAUGAUGCUCAUCCAGAACAUUGGGACAUCGCUACUCUUAUUACUAGAAAAGAUUUAUUCAAGUUAUCAGGAACCUACCGUGAUACUAACCUACUUGGAAGGGCAUACAUCGGGACUACAUGUCAACGCUCAUUACAAUGUUCAGUAAAUCAAGAUGAUGGCCUUACUACAGGUUCGGUUAUUGCUCAUGAAACAGGACAUAAUUUGAAUCUCCAUCAUGAUCCUGACUAUGGGUGUAAUAACGGACAUCAUGUCAUGUCAUCAGCCAGACCUGUCGGCGUGCAGUCUUUCAAGUGGUCGCUCUGCAGUGCACAGCAAAUAAAAAUCUUUCUUACUAAUCGGCUAUCAUCUUGCCUCAAUGAUGCACCAAGUAUUGACGAUCCAGAAGUAGACUUGUUAGUUGUGGAUGACCUUCCGGGUCAACGAUACAGUCUCCCAGCCCAAUGUCAGUUGGCCUAUGGAGCUAGCUCAACCGUGUGCUCACAAUCUGUAUGUGGAAGUCUAGGAUGCCAGGAAGGUGGUUACUGUCAUUAUUCUGGAAUCAUGAUCAUGGAGGGAACAACCUGUCGUCCUGAUAAGUGGUGUGUAAGCGGUAAGUGUGUGGCAGUCAGCGAUGGACUACCGGGCCCUGUUGACGGUGGUUGGUCGGAAUGGGAACGUCACUUCAGUGAAUGUUCUAGAUCUUGUGGGACAGGGAUUCGAGUAAGAAAGAGAAAAUGCAACAACCCUACCCCCGUGUACGGAGGUCUCGCGUGUCAAGGUGAAGGGCGGGAUGUUCAGCUUUGUAAUAUGAUGUCGUGUCACAACGUAACAUUGGAUGAUUAUAAAAAUGAGCAAUGUGCUGCAACAAACGGCUUAAAAUUCAACAAUCAGUACUAUACAUGGAGAGCCUUCUUAUCAUCGUUGCUCAAAGGUAACAAUGUUUGCAAGCUUCAAUGUAUAUCAAAUGCAAACUUCUACGCCCUCCGUGAGCCAGGGAUGUAUGCAGACGGUACACUAUGCUGGCAUCAUGAAAUUGGAGAUCAAAGACUAACAAAAGCCUGUGUCGACGGAAUUUGCAAGGAGUUUGGCUGUGAUGGAGUGAUGGGCUCUGGGCGUAUCAAAGAUGUAUGUAGUAAAUGUGAUGGCUCUGGAAGAACGUGUAAGAGACAUAUGGGAAGAAUUAGAAACGUCGGAGCAGUGCAUGAUUUUAAGACAUUUCUUCAAAUUCCAGUGAAUUCGACAGGAAUCAAGAUUACGAAUCAGAAUCUUCGAUACACCCAUAUGUCGGUUGAAGCCGACGGUGAGAUAGUAUUCCGCGGCGAGAUGUUCAUCCCUCCUCUGAGCCAGCGAUACAGCCACAGUGGUAUGGUCAUCAAGUAUCUAGCUGAUGCCUUCCACAACAGAGAGCACAUCUGGGUACUCUCCGGUCCCACCACUGCUGUCUUGGAUGUAUCCGUGAUCUUACUACACAAUCCUAGAUACCUUGGGAGUCGGGUCAAACCGGAUAUUACAUGGGAAUACUACGCUCCUGUUUCUGAAACCGUCUUCUACUAUUGGCAGCAUGAAACUGUCAGUGGGUGCUCAGUGACGUGCGGAGGAGGGAUCAAAAGCAGACGAGUCUUUUGUGUUGAGAAUAUUGGAGGUGUAGCAGCCGAAGUCAGUGAUUUAUUUUGUGACCCAUCUAAGAGGCCCUCAGAGCAUCGUAGCUGCUCCAAUCAACCCUGCCCAGUACCUAUAUGGGUUGUUGGACAAUGGAGUCUAUGCUCAGCGACAUGUGACGUGGGAAGGAGAAAACGUGCGAUGGCGUGCCUUCUGAAUACAACGGGGGAACCAGUGCCUGGAUUGUGCGAUCCGAACCUCCAACCUGCAACCGAAGAACAGUGUGUUGAGGCACCCUGCCCCAGACCUACAUUGGAUGAUAAUGUUGAUAUCAGAUGCAAUGGUAUGACGAGAAGAAAGAAUGGAUACAUUGAUCAGAUAAGCAGAUCUACUGGUGGUGACUCGUGUACUGCUGUGAUUGUAGCUCCUGUUCAUAAAGAUCUUAUUUUCACCAUUAAACAGAUGUAUAUAGACUGUGAUGCAGGUGAAUCAUUAGAAAUAAGAAUAGGGGAGGAAAGAAGGAGAUUUUGUGGUAAACAACACCAAGUCACUAUGAAAACAGAGAGUAAUGUGAUAGCGAUAGAACAUAAAACACAUAAACAAGGACAUGGAUAUCAACUUCUUUAUCAUUCAAGAAAGAGUCGACAUAAAAAUGACUGUGAUCAACUAAUAACAGAUAGAAAGACUAUCGUUACGAGUCCAGAGUGGCCUUCUAAGUACCCAAGUAAUAUGAAUUGUACCUAUCGGUUUAUAGGGGAUCCCGGUAAGAGGAUUACACUCAGGGUUAAAGUAUUCAAACUUCAAGGAAAGGAACCAAGAUGUAAACAUGAUAAAUUAGAGAUGUUGGAUCUAUUAACGGGUGAGAAGGUAGCACGAUGUGGAUCAUCGCCUUCCAAAUACAGCCUGCGAUUGUCGGGAUACGAUGGAUUAAUGCGAUUUAUUUCAGACGAAACUGUACAGCUGGCUGGAUUCAAAAUAAUCGUAUAUAUCAAAUAAAAUCAGGUUAAACCAAAUUAUUGAUUCACUCGAUGUAUAUGCCAUACAUCCUCACAGUAGAACAAAUGUUUUAUUCUGUUUUUGUGAAAAUCCUCGAAAACCCCCUCUAAAUUUAGACUUGUAAGAUUAACAGGGAAUCUGUAUUAUGGUUGUCACAUAUUAACAUGAUUAAUGUUUUAGCCAGCGUACGCCAACGUAUAGGCUAUGGCGAGCCGUUUUCUUAAUCUUGGUUCUUGAUGUCAAGAAUUGCUUUUGUUCACGACUCAAAAUAAUUUAAUCAUAUGAAUAAUUUGAAAUUCUUGAUAUUUCAUGUUAUUGAUAAAAUACUUUUCUAUGAAGAAAUGUAAUUUAAGGGAAAAAUACUUCCUACCUUCGUCGACAUAUGCUCAUUUGCUGUCUAAAACAUCCAGUUGGGACCGCCCCCAAAUUCUACUAGCCAGUAGAAACGAUCCCGCAAGGUAUUUUGGGUAAUUACAUUCAGGUUAAGAUUAAGAUUCAUAGUGAUCAAUAUCGAACCAACUAUAUAUUUCUUAAUGGUAGCCGUAAAAUAUUCGAUCGGUUCAUAAUUUUGAUGAUAUAUGUUGCUCCAAUGAAAAAGUUCAUAUUGAUUAAGGUUUUCCCGCUCAAUUUGAAGUUCUAUCAUUCAAUUUUAAUAUUGCACAGAGCGAAUUCAAGAAAGCUUUUAUCAAUAGGGUCAUUCAACUUUUCAUUAUUUGUCAUUCUUGUGAGCAUUUUAUUAACUUUUUUGUCGGACAACUUUUCUGGAUUUUGAUUGGCCAAGAAGCACAGUCCCUAUGGUAACUGUCGGAUAAAACAGGUUUUUUGAGCAAAAAUGAUCCCAGAUGUAGAUAGAAAUUACCCUACAUACUGUUAGGAAAAUCUGCUCAUUGGUAAUUUUUCAUUCAUUUUCGUAUAAUCAUAACUGGUUUUAAACUGAAGCGCAUCUAUAUAAACCUAUUUACCUCAGCUUAAACUCGAGCUGCCAUUUAAUUCAAUCGAUCAGUGUAUUCAAAGAAUAAUAAUGCUAUGUACCCAUUCACCUCACAUGGGUCGAGUGCAGCAAUAGAGAAAUUUACCUGAAAAGUGAUAUUGAUUGAGACUUUUUUUUAAAGUUAAAUGUUAAAAACUUUUUUUUUCAUACAGAAAGUUCAUCAUACUCAAUAACAUGCUAUAAUGAAAUAAUUUGCAAGAGAUGUGGCCUGCUCGUAAGGGCGAUCCGAGGAAAUUUGGAGGGGUCGGUAAUUUUCCGUUACAAAUUCAUGGUGCGUGCCGGCCCGUUUUAUCAAACAGUCAUGGUUGCACGCAGGGGGGGGGGGAGAAACGUGUACAUUUUUUUAAGAAACUCAAGAGCGAGGGAGCGAAGCGACUGAGCUUGUCAUGGGUUUGCCUUUGCAUUUUCGUAAGCGAAAUUGAAGAGUUUGUGCACACUUUUGGUAAAUUUAGUGAAAAUUUUUAAUAAAAAUAUGUUAGUUUUCAAAGUUUCGGGGGGGGGCUGCGUAUGGCCAUACAAACAGUGCAUCAAAUUUAGUAGCAAUGCAGGCAUAUCGAGUAUCCACAUUAUCACGCCAAUACACAUGGAAAAUGUCUUAUAUGCUUUUCACACUGUAUUUCCUUAACCCCAACUAUCCUUAACCCCGGACUAUCUUUUUUUUGCUCUCACUGUCUUUCUUAACCCCAUACUAUAUGCUUAGCCGGGGUUAACGGCUUAACCCUGGAAUAUCACACAGCUCAUGAAUAUUGAUUAUUUUACCAUACAGAGUGCGAAUAACGUGCAAUUCGACUUCUGUGAUUGGCUAAUGCUAUUGCCCCACUUAUCCUAGCCCAGUUUCGUUUCACACUGCAAUUGUGCUAGCACCACAAUAAGUUGGCUAACCCUGUUUUGGGGCAGGGCCAGAUAGUACCGUACUGUUUACCGUGCUAGCCCACUUUGCUAAAACGUAGUGUGAAAACAAAGUUGGCUGAGCUUAACCCCGGGAAAUUGGUGGGGCUAAGAUCUCCCCUUAGCCUCAACAAUUUCCCAGGGUUAAAGAAAAAAAGUGCAGUGUGAAAAGCAUAUAUUAUUAGAGUAACAACCCUAUUGUGCAAAUUUCAUACUUUGUCAUUUAUCAAUAUCACUUUUCCCGUGCGACUUGAAAACGGCACGUACGUUAAAACAGUUUUAUUCUAUUUCAGAUGUUUUUGUUUGAUAUAUAUUUAUUGUUUCAAGCUGAUGUUACUUGCUUUCAGAACGAUUAAAGUUUAUUUUUUCUGA